ACAGCGAGUGGUUUCGAGAGGAUCGCUAGGAAGGCCGUGUCGGCCGUCGGGGACGGAGUGCGGUGCCUGCCAAAGCCGCUGCAGUAGCAGCCGCCGACGCCAUGGCUACCAUUCUGGACGAGUACGUGGCCUCGCUUUCCCACUCUACCUCCUCGCAGCAGAGUCGUGUGAACCUGGGCAUCCCGCACACCGGGUAUGUGAAUGCGCGUCUGGAAAAAGAGACACCAAUUUUUAACAAACAGAGAAUUGACUUCACACCUCCCAAGAAGAUUAAUAGUAUGGUUGUCUCAUCUAACCAACUGUGUAUGAGUCUUGGAAAAGACAUAAUAUUUAGACUUGAUGUAGCCAAGGCUGAUGAGCCUAAUCAGGUUGAACUUGGACGAAAGGAUGAAGCCAGUGUUCACAAGCUUUUUUUGGACCACACAGGUUCUCAUCUUAUCAUUGCCUUGAAUACCAGUGAGUGUCUCUACUUGAACCGAAGUACUCAAAAGAUACGGCUCCUUCCCCGUUGGAAAGGUCAUUUGAUUGAAAGCGUGGGUUGGAAUAAAUUUUUUGGUUCAGAGAUGAACACAGGCCCCAUUUUGGUUGGAACAUCACAAGGCCAAAUACAUGAGGCUGAGAUUUCUGUCAGUGAAGGCAGUCUCUUUAGUACUAACCCUGACCAAUAUUUCCGUCCUAUUUAUACCUUGGAGGAGGAGGCUGGUCCUGCCCCAGUCUGUUGCCUUGAAAUAGAACGAGGAGUUGAUGGGAAAUGGUUUAUCAUCGCCACCACUCAGAAGAGGCUUUUCCAGUUCGUAGGCAAGAUUCCGGAAGGGUCAGAGCCACAAGCCUUUGGCACCAUAUUUAACAUGCCUGAAGAUCAUUUGCCUGGAUUUCGAGAGUUUCCGGCUAGUCUUGGUUACAGUGAAAUUGCGUUCUACACUCCCAAGCUUCGUUCUUCUCCCAGUGCUUUUGCUUGGAUGAUGGGAAAUGGUGUCUUGUAUGGCUCUCUGGAUUAUGGACGUCCUGAUUCUGUUCUGAGUAAUGAGCAGGUGUGGGAAUAUCCUUCUGAUGUAGAUACGCUAGCCAAUAGACCCGUCUCCAUAGUGCUCACACAGUUUCAUUUUCUGCUGCUUUUUCCUGAUAGAGUGAAGGCUGUAUGUACUUUGAAUGGGCAGGUUGUUUUCCAGGAUGUAUUCCUAGAAAAGUUUGGCUCGCUAAAGCGUAUGAUCAAAGACCCUGCGUUUGGACAAAUCUGGAUUCACACAGAGAAAGUUGUGUUUCGGUACAAUGUUCUGCGAGAGUCUCGUGAUGUAUGGAAGAUGUACAUGAAUAUCAACAAGUUUGAUCUGGCUAAAGAGUACUGUAAGGAUCGCCCCGAGUGCCUAGAUACUGUGCUGGCAAAAGAAGCAGAAUACUGUUUUCAAAAUGGGAGAUACCUGGACAGUGCAAAAUGUUAUGCGCUGACCCAAAAUUACUUUGAGGAGAUUGCUCUUAAGUUUAUUGAAGCUAAGCAGGAAGAGGCACUGAUGGAAUUUUUGAUAAAGAAACUGGCUAACUUGAAAUAUUUUGAAACAACACAAAUAACUCUGCUGACCACUUGGUUAACUGAACUAUAUUUAAAUCGCUUGGGGGUGCUGGAAGGGGAUGUGUCAAAACAAGACCUCUAUGAGAAGACCAAGGACAAGUUCCGCACUUUCUUGAAUAGCCCCCAAAUCAAAGACUCCCUCAGCAAUAACAGAACAACUAUUCAUGAGCUGUUGGCAAGUCAUGGGGACACAGACCACAUGGUGUACUUUGCUGUCAUAAUGAAUGAUUAUGAGCGAGUGAUAGCCCAUUACUGCCAACAUGAAAAUUAUAAUGAAGCAUUAAAAGUCCUAUCCAGAAUCAAGAACGAGGAGCUCUUUUACAAGUUUUCUCCAAUUUUGAUCCAGCAUAUCCCCAAGAAAGUGGUAGAUGCUUGGAUUGAAAUGGGCAAGGAAUUGGAUGCAAAGAAGCUAAUUCCUGCUCUUGUCAACUAUAGUCAGAGUGGGAGUACCCAGCAGAUCAAUGAAGCCAUUCGAUACAUGGAAUUCUGUGUGAAUGAGCUAGAGGAAACUCAGGAGGCUAUUCACAAUUACUUGUUGUCACUCUAUGCUUUGUGUCGGCCUGACUCAUUACUGUCAUACUUGGAACAUGCAGGAACCUACUCUGACAGCAUCCAUUAUGACCUGAAGUAUGCACUUAGGCUUUGUGCAGAACAUGGCCACCACCGAGCUUGUGUUCAUGUUUAUAAAGUUAUGGAGAUGUAUGAAGAAGCUGUUGAUCUAGCUUUACAGGUGGAUGUAGAUAUGGCAAAAUCCUGUGCAGAUCUCCCUGAAGAGGAUGAGGAAUUGAGAAAGAAGCUGUGGCUGAAGAUUGCUCGUCAUGUUGUACAAGAAGAGAAGGAUGUUAAGAAGGCAAUGGCUUGCCUUUCUAGUUGCAACCUGCUGAAGAUUGAAGAUGUGUUGCCCUUUUUCCCAGACUUUGUCACUAUUGAUCACUUCAAGGAAGCUAUCUGCAACUCUCUAGAGGCUUAUAACAAGCACAUAGAGGAGCUGAAGACGGAGAUGGAGGAAGCAACCCAAAGUGCUGAAAGGAUUAGGGAGGACAUUCAGGAGAUGAGAAACAAAUAUGGCUCUGUUGAACCACAAGAAAAAUGUGCGGCUUGUGAUUUUCCACUUCUAAACCGUCCCUUUUACCUUUUUCUUUGUGGCCACAUGUUUCACUAUGAUUGCCUUCUACAGGCAGUUUACCCAAACUUGCCUGCCUAUAAGCAAGCUAAACUGGAAGACCUUCAAAAGAAGCUUCUGGCUGCAAGCCAACCUUCCAAAUCCCAUCACCGCCAUAAGGACACCGAUACCAUUGGUCAAGGAAAAGGCCAGCCAAGUCGAGAGCAGACAAAAGCCGACAUAGAUGAUAUUGUGGCAGCCGAAUGUGUAUAUUGUGGAGACAUAAUGAUCCGAUCCAUUGAUAAGCCUUUCAUUGAUCCAGAGAGGUAUAAAGAAGAGAUGCAGAGCUGGUUGUAGGAUAUGAGCAUGAAGUUGCCUGUAAAGCAUGAGACUUGGCAGAUAUCCUUCGGGUAUUCUAAGGAGGCUUGGAAAAUCACUGCGUCUCGCUGUUUGUAAGCUGGUUCUGCAGAAUAGAUUGCCAGUGACAGUGAUGGUUUAAUUAAGCUAUUUGGCUUCUAAAAUUUAGAGACAUUCUUACCUUAAAUACUGAAUGGAUUUUUGUGUUGAGAAACCAAACUAAAAUAGUAGCAUAUAUUAUAUCUCCACUAUACCCAUCUUUCUAUGAAUAAUGAGACAGUGGCGAGGAUGCCCAGUUGCAUAAGUAUUGGUUCUUGUUAAUAGAGACACAAGGUUGCAUCCAAAUGUAUUCAUCUACCAGGGGAAUGGACCCUACUGGUAAAUAGGCGAAUUGGGGAAUAACGGAAAGAAGAGGAAGAUAAUGCUUCAAUGUGCAGAAGGAAGUCUACUCGUAUGACACUGGAUGGAACUCAUAAACAAUAGAAAUUAUGUGUGUGGUCCCAUUUCUGAACACACACCAAUUGUAUAUUGAUAUAGCAAGGAAGCUUCUGAAUAUGUAAUUCUCAGGCAACGCACUCACAUAUAAAUGCUAUAUUUUUAUUAUUGUCAACUGAAAUUACCUUGUACUCUUUCUGGGUUUCCUUGAAGCCUUAGUUGGAUAGCUGCAAGCUGUUAUUAAAAGCCAUGUGAUCAUAGCAACUUAUGGCACCAUGACUGAAAGCAUUCCAUGUUUCCACUUGAUCUUUUCUACUGCUGUAGCCCUUGGCACAGCGUCAGCUCACCACCAUCUGCAUAUUUAUAUGAAUUAGUGGCAUUUAGAGAAAAAUUAGGAACUUGCAUGCCAUAAGCUAUAAAUUUUGCAAAUGGUUCAGAUAAUUUAUGAUUAAAGUGGAAAAGAAGAGUGGAAAAGAAGAGUGGUUGACUGUAGGUUUGGAGCUGAAUGUUGAUUCCUCUCCCCUUUAAGGAGCAUAAUUGUGUUUUAUGUACAAUGUACAAAAGCGACUUCGGUAACAGGAAAUGCAAGCUAAAGAAUUGUAGGAGGGACUUUGUAUUUGGAAUCACAUUUUCUGUGGGCUCUGGUUUUGAAUUGCCAUUAAGAACAAGUUACAUUAUAUUUGUACCAGAAGUUUGUCUGCUAAAACACCUUUCAUGGCUAUGAAUUUGUUGUUAAUUAUGCCUUUUGUGCUUAGUUGCCUAUUAAAGAGUCCUGAAAUUAUUGUUUAA